AUGUCCCUAUUCGUCACGCGAUGCCUAUCGAACCAAGCGCGCCAACGAGGAUUCGAAAAAAUGCGACCAGUUGCAUCGUUGCACCAGCUACGCUAGCAAGUAUCUCUGGUUAGCAACGCAGCCAGUAUGGUGCUUGAGCUGCUUUCCAACAAGCAGUUGUUUCGGAACGAAUUCCAACAGUCCACCCACCGGUUGCUACGGGUCUGCCAACUGUUCGGCACAGUUCCUUGGGAAGUAACGCUUUUUACGUGCGACAGCAAACCACUCAGCUGCUUUACCUUAUGGUUCGUCCGGGCAUGUAAUGUGAUGUACUCGCUCUUCCUGAUGACCGUGGUAAUGGUGGCCACUAUCUUGCAGCACAUGGCAUUCGACUACCAAAUGCCGUUUAUGACGCGCAUGCUCUACAUCAGCGAGUACAUCAUGGAGAACGGUGUGGUGAUGAUGAUACUGUUCGGCUGCCAUUAUCAGCGCCGCUGCUACGAUCGCUUUUCCGCCCAACUGUUGGCGGUCGCGAUCGAUGUAUCGUUGUGCGGCGGCACGGUUGACUUUCAUCGCAUCGAAACGAUCUUCAACCGGUUGGUCGCGUGUGUGAUGCUGUUCUUCGCCGGCGUACUGAUGGUCGACUUCCUGUACAAUGAGCUAAUGUUCUGGAGCUUUGUGCGUAGCUCGGCGAUCUAUACACUGUCGAACGUGAUCAACGUGCUGGGAUUGGUGCAGUACGCGUACGUUCUCUACGUAGUGUUUUUCUUCUACUACGACAUGAAUCGGCUGCUGCAAUCGUACACGCGCCAUCUUCACGCCCAGGACAAGCGAUACGUUCGUCGGCUUGCCGGUGAGAUUGUCCUUCCGUCCGGUGCGUUGUACGAUUACGCACAGCUAAUCGAUAUCCUGCGCCGUACACACCUGCAGCUAAGCGCACUCAUGGAGCAGGUGAACGGUUGCUUUGGCGUGCUGAUCGUGUCCACGACAACUGCUUCGUUUGUGGUGCUCAGUUUGCAGUUUUUUGCCAUCUAUCAAGCAACAACGGUACGGAGUUGGACCACGAUCGAUACGUAUCUGCUGGUGUACACCGUGCUGUGGAUCGUACUGCACGCUGCCAAGGUACUGCUCAUCCUUUACCCUUGCCAUCUGGUGCAGCGCGAACGGGACCGUACCGGGCCGAUGCUGUACCGGUUCGAUCCGACCGUUCGGGACAGUGCGCUGAAUAAUGCGUUAGCAAAAUUUUCCAGCCAACUGCUACACGUACAAGGACCUCUGACGGCUUGCGGUGUUAUCAAUCUGGAAAUGACGCUCAUUAGCACGAUGGUUGGUGCUCUUACAACAUAUCUCGUGAUACUGAUACAGUUCGAAACGGCCAUUUCUCAAGGUCAGACAGCUAACGGCAACAGUUCCUCAACUUCCUAUGGUGCAAGUGGUCAUGCAAAUGGAUCAACCUCUACUUAG